CACACACACAUUUUGCCCGAAUCGACUUGCAAGACGACCUCAGGAAGAAAGGCGUCGUGAUCGUGAAAACCCGCAGUCGCUGCUCAUCGCCUGCUUUCUCCGUAUACCUUUCCUCCCAUACACCGGUCUGACCGCCCUCUAUCACCAUGGCACCGAGUUUCGACACCCUUUCAGAGCAGGAUCUCCACGAGGAGGAGCUGGACAUUGACUUUUCAGAUCUUAAGGCGCAAUAUGAAGUUAGGCUGGAGGAGGGCUUGGAUGCCUUUGUCGUUAUCGAUGGGCUACCAAUCGUGCCCGAAGAGAGCAAGCCGCGGCUCGUGAAAUUCUUGCUGAAAAAAUUGAACACCGUUGGUCGGACGCGCGAAGAUGCCAUUUUCAUGCCCGUGAACGAGAAUAAGAUGUCCGAAGGAUUUGCUUUUGUCGAAUACGAAUCUCCCGAACAGGCCCUCGAGGCCACAAAACAUCUCCACGGCACUCCCCUGGAUAGAAAGCACACAUUGGCAGUUAACAAACUUACGGAUAUCGAUCGGUAUGGACGUGAGGGCCGCAUUGACGAGGAAUAUAAACCACCCACCAUCGAGCCAUUCCAAGAGAAGGAGCACCUUCGAUCAUGGCUAGGUGAUCCUAAUGCCCGUGACCAGUUUGUCAUGUUCCGCGGAGACAAAGUUGGCGUGUUCUGGAAUAUGAAGAAGGAUCCUCCGGAGAAUAUCGUUGACCGGGAACACUGGACACAGCUUUUCGUACAAUGGUCUCCGCAAGGCACUUUCCUUGCAUCCGUGCAUCCACAAGGCGUACAACUCUGGGGAGGACCCCAAUUUACCAAACAAAAACAAUUCCCCCAUCCAUUCGUUCAGCUUAUUGACUUCUCCCCCGGUGAAAGCUACUUGACAACCUGGUCACCGCGGCCGAUUCAAAUCGAAGGGCCUCACCCAGUUCUUUCCUACGAGGAGGAUGGGAAACAUUUCAUUAUCUGGGACAUCGCAACUGGCAAGCCGCUGCGGUCUUUUGUCAACCAUGACGUUCCUGCAGCCGCUGGUCCAGAGGGAGAGGUUGUGAAGAAGAAGAUGCCAUGGCCUACGUUCAAGUGGUCUUCGGAUGAGAAAUACGUUGCACGAAUGCUUCUGGGUCAAUCUAUUUCCGUCUACGAACUGCCACGCAUGAACCUCCUAGAUAGAACAUCUAUUAAAAUUGAUGGAGUGACUGACUUCGAGUGGGCUCCCGCCACCCCCCAACGCGAUGGAAUCAGACAGUACGAACAGCUAUUUUCCUUCUGGACCCCGGAAAUCGGCAGCAACCCAGCGAAAGUUGGUUUGAUGAGUAUCCCAUCCAAGGAAAUUGUCCGGACAAGAAACCUGUUCAACGUUUCCGACGUUAAGCUCCAUUGGCAAUCACUGGGUGCAUACGUCUGCGUCAAGGUCGAUCGACACUCCAAGUCAAAGAAAUCCCUCGCCACGAACCUCGAAAUUUUCCGUGUCAAGGAGAAGGGCGUGCCUGUUGAAGUGGUUGACUCUAUAAAAGAUACCGUUAUUAACUUCGCUUGGGAGCCCAAGGGUGAUCGAUUCGUACUCAUUACGACGCCCGAAGCGUCUCCCAAUGCCGGAGUUGCCUCCAAGACUGCUGUCUCAUUCUUCUGCCCAGAGAAAGUCAAGGGUUCUGGCACGGGAAAUUUCAGACUUAUCCGUACCAUCGAGAAGAAGACCAGCAAUGCCAUAUAUUGGUCUCCCAAGGGCCGGUUCGUGGUUGUUGCCACCGUCCACGUACAACAAAGCUUCGACCUCGAUUUCUGGGACCUUGACUUCGAGGGUGAGAAGCAAGAGAGCGAGAAGGACCUUUCUGCUAACCUCCAACUAAUGAAGACCGCUGAGCAUUACGGUGUCACUGACGUCGAGUGGGACCCAACCGGCCGCUAUGUUGUCAGCAGCGCCAGCGCCUGGACUCACACUAUGGAAAACGGCUACAACAUCCACACAUUCUCCGGCACCACAAUCGCCGAACACCCAACGGAGAAAUUCAAGCAGUUCGUGUGGCGUCCGCGUCCCCCAACCUUCCUCAGCAAGGAGGAGCAGAAACAGGUCCGCAAGAACCUGCGCGAGUACUCGCGCGAGUUCGAAGAGGAGGACAAAUAUGCCGUCGACAUUGCUAACACGGCUAUUGUCGAGAUGCGCAAGAGAGUCCUUAACGAAUGGACUGCCUGGGUACGCCGGGAGAAGGAGCUGCUGGAUGAGGAGAUUGAGGUACUUGGUCUGGAUAAGGAGGAGGGUGUAGCUGGGGUGGCUACUGAAGAGGAGGAGACGGAGGGAACGGUGGUGGAAGAGAUAAUGGAGGAAAUUAUUGAUGAGACGGAGGAAAUUAUUGGAUGAGGUGUUUAAUUGUUCCUUUUUUUUUAAAUUUUUAUUUUGAGACCGACUGUUACGAAUUUCUGUUUUUUAAACAAUCCGGGCAAUGGUUCGCGUUACCCGCUUUUGUUCUAAAUGCUUUUUAUUACUUUAUGACCCUUCCCUUACCUUGAGAUUGAAAUUUCCAUAGCUAGACACCCUUUGUUUUUCAUGUGGUUGGGGGCAGGAGUAAAUGUAGUGAGGUCAUGUUAAGGUUGGGGCUAAAACACAAAAGCGGCUUAGUGAGCUUGUUUACGCCACGCUUAACUAUCAGGAGAGGCAUAACCUUCGUUCCCCGAAGGGGCGGCUAAAGCGCCGUGGACGUUGAGGGUACAAGGCAACAUUAUAUAUGCAUAUGUGCAAAUUUGGAACAGCUCGUCUGAGAAUACAACAGACUUUGAGUGUUUUAUUAGAUUCGAGCUCGAUCUGGACCCCAAGCGCCUAACAUGGCGCUAGCCAGCUUCGGACAGCCAACUGAGAACUAGAUUACGGAUUGGAAGGACCUAUAACUAGAACUUGGAUAGGGGAGUAGCGUCUGGAAAUUAAUUCCCUGAGCUACUACAUAGCUAGCUACCCGUCAUUUCGAUAAUAUCUGCAGGUUAACGCAAUGGUAUAUAACAGAAGCAUUCUCAUCGGUAAAUCCCGAACUAACAACACCCGUUUUUGUUUCUAUACCGGGCCUGGGACGCACAUAGCUCUCUCUCUCUCUCUCUUUUUCUCUCUCUCUCUCUCUUUCUCUCUCUCUCUCUCUCUUUCUUCCUCCCCCUCCCCCCUCACAAAUGCACAUCAAACCACGUAGCUGCCUGAAUAAAUGCCUGCUCCUUGGCGAACUUGGCCUCUUUAUUACUUAGGUCACCGCGGACGGCGAAGCCGUGCUGGACGCCGCUGAACAGGUUGAUUUGCCAGGGGAAGCCAACUCUUGAGAGGAUUUCCUCGGACUCGUGGCGGAGGUUUGAUGGGAAGAUGGUGUCGGUUUCUGUUGUGGCGCUGGAGUGGGGGAUCUCCUUACCGGCAGCGGAAAUGGCAUAUGGACCCUUGAUAGCUCGCAACUCUUCUGGCGCAACGAAGGAUGGAUGCGCGACGUAUCCGACAUCAAUCCCUCCGCCUUCUUUCAUGAAUCGAGUAGCGUACUACAUGUAUACAUGUAGGUAGAUAGAGAAGAGUUGUUAGAAGAGAGAUACAACAACCAUUCAACCCCCCCUCCCCCA